AUGAUCGAACUAAUUGCUUUGCGUGAAGUGGACGAAACGUGUAGCGACAUGGAACACACCAACGAUCAAACACCUCUCUUUGAUAAAGAAACCGAGCAAGAAGUCCUGGUUCAACAUUUAGAUGAGACAACGAGACAAGGCACCCCGCCAUACGUGUAUUUCCUAACCGUAUUUGCGGCGAUCGGGGGAUUUCUAUUUGGUUACGAUACUGGUGUUGUUUCCGGAGCAAUGAUUCUUAUAAAACAAGAAUUCCAUUUGUCGUCUUUUUGGCAAGAACUCAUUGUUAGUGCAACAAUCGGCACAGCUAUAUUGAGUUCUCUCCUAGGAGGUUUUCUGAAUCAAAGGUUUGGAAGAAAACCGAUGCUUAUAAUCUCUGGGCUGGUGUUUACAAUUGGUGCUAUUGUGAUGGGAGUCGCUCAUUCAAGGGAAGUUCUUCUUCUUGGAAGGCUUAUCGUCGGCCUGGGAAUAGGGGGAGCGUCAGUGACCGUCCCAGUAUAUAUUGCUGAAACAGCUCCGUCAAACAUAAGAGGUCGUCUUGUCACCCUCAACAAUCUUUUUAUCACUGGAGGCCAGUUUAUUGCUUCAGUGAUUGAUGGCAUCUUCAGCUCCUAGAAAAGAACAGGAUGGAGAUUUAUGCUUGGUUUGGCAGCAGUACCAUCCAUUAUUAUGUUCUUUGGCUGUCUAGUGCUGCCAGAGAGUCCCCGCUGGCUUGUUAGUAGAGGUUUGUCUCAGCAGGCAAAGAAAGUUCUUGUCAAACUGAGGGGUACAGACGACGUGAAGGAUGAACUUUUAGCGAUGCAAACUGUUUGUGAAGAAGAAUCACUCUGUGAAACUAAAUCAUUUUCCUUUACGCAAAGCAUAACAUUUCAGAUGGCAACUACGAAAAGUACGAGGAGAGCUCUACUGGUGGGCUGCAUGUUGCAGGCGAUUCAACAGUUGUCUGGGAUAAACACAGUUAUGUACUACAGUGCAACGAUUGUACAGAUGUCCGGCAUACAGGGAGACCAACUGGCCAUCUGGCUGGCUGCAGUGGUCGCAUUUGGUAAUUUUGCUUUCACCAUCGUUGGAGUGUUUCUCGUAGAGAGGUUAGGACGCCGUAAGCUUCUUCUUGGCAGUCUUGCAGGGGUCACUAUCAGCUUGUUUCUACUGGGUGGUGCAUUUUACAUGGCGACGCAACACGAUGCUGCGAUCACUUUUCAUGAGAAAACGUCGUUGGAUAUCAACAGCAACAAGUGCCCCGCUACGGGUUACUGCUUGGAUUGUCUCAAAGAAAAGUGUGGAUUUUGUUCAGCUAAAGACCCCGCCAAUAAUCUUAUAAACGGUUCUUGUGUUCCAAUAAAUGUGUCUUCUAGUGAUAACAUGGCCGCUUUUGGUAGAUGCAGUCGCAAGGACCAUUCAGUAACAUGGUCGUACCAAGCGUGUCCAUAUAGGUAGGCUUGGUUAGCCAUUGUAUUUCUUGUUUUAUACAUCGCUGCGUUCGCUCCGGGAAUGGGGCCGAUGCCGUGGACAAUAAAUUCUGAGAUAUACCCCUUGUGGGCCCGUAGCACAGGAAAUGCAUUUGCCACAGCAACGAACUGGACCUGUAACUUGGUGAUUUCCAUGACUUUUCUCUCUCUGACUGAGUGGAUUACGCAUUAUGGUGCGUUCUGGUUGUACGGGGGAAUUUCGUUUUUUGGCUGGUUGUUUUUCUUCGUUUAUCUCCCCGAAACGAAAAAGAAAUCGCUGGAAGAACUGCAACACUUAUUUUCAUAGUAUGCAAUAAUCUUUUUGUAUUUUUAUAAUUGAAAUUUGUUAUGAAAAGUUAAAAUGGCCUGUGACCGAAUAAUUCCUUUGGUUUAUCUCAGAUGUUGUGGGAAAUGUGAAAGAAGGCUUCUGAUUUGAUCAAAACCGAAAACCACAUACAAAACCGUCAAAACCGAUUAAAAUUCACGUCCCAGUUAUCAAAACACUAAGCGAUCCGAUACAGUGGUGACAAGACGAGCACGCAGAGACUUCGCGGCUAUUCGAGAUCAGCGAAAGCGGAACUCAAAUAGGAAAAUACAAAAACCACAUGGGAUACCAAAAGCGAAAACCCGCUGGUAUUUUUGACGGAAACCGAAAAAACAAAUGCUGAAAAAUGGAAAAUCCGCGAAAUAUAAUGAACACCAAAACCGAAAAACUGAAGUUUUUUUGGCACCAAAACCGAAAAACCGAUCUCAAAAAUAGCCAAAAUCGGAAAUCGAAAUGCCCUCCCUCCCCCACACUCUAUUUAAGGCUUCAUACUUUCCUGCGAAGCGCUAAUAAUGCGGGCGUGGCUGCCAAGUUAUUGGACCUGCUAGUUCUGUAAAAUACAGUUCUCCACUUCUGGUAAUCAGGUACUUAUCAAUCGUUUCAAAGUCAAAGUCUAGACGACACUUAAGGGAAUUCUUAGUGACAACUUCAUUGCUAACAUUGUUGCCGACUGGAUCCACCUCUGACAGCCUCAACUACAACGUUGACGAGAAUUGAGCAAGAAAGCUAGCAGUAUAUCGCGCUUCCUGGCAGAAUAACAUAGUGCGCUAACCCACAAUUAUUAUCCAACUGUGUUUGGUAGUGGACAAAUAACGCCCAAAACGAGAACAAACAUCUCGGGGUACUUGUACUCAAGAGAACCGGUUAGACAUGCGCCCGCACUGAAAUAACAAUUUGGUGGGUUGGAUGAUAAAACUCUUGUUAGACAUUUUGUUUUGUAGUAUCGGUGAGUAUUGUUAUGAGUUUUACCGUAUUUUGAUUCGAUACUUGUACGUGACCCACAGCAAAUAUUUAACUUCUGAUUCUCUUCCCUCUGAAAAUACGGCACAACUCAUGAAAAUACUCGGCGAUACUACACAACAAAACGUCUAAUAAGAUAUCAAUAUUUGGCGCGCAUAAUUCAAUAUUAAGAAAAGUUUCGAUUGUUUUAAUCAGUAAUUAUAGCUUUUCAAUGUUGGCGGGCGAAUCAGUCCUUGCUGUGCGCUCCUCCUGCCUCUCGGAGGAACUCACGCGCAAGGAUCAGCUGAUUGUCGUGCGUAGCGCAAGCGUUGCACGUGAGUCACAAACGCACGAAAAGGGAGGGAAAAGAUUAUGUCAGCACGUGGUUUCGUCACACAACAGGGAAAACAGUGAUGGCAAAGCAAGCUCAAAACAACAAAAAUCACCAAAAACCGCCACGGACACACAAAGAGUGAGUAAGUUUUUUCAAUCUUACUAGUGAAAAUGUUCAUAUUUUGGAAUAUCUCGUGUUUUAAAUGGACCAUAUUUCGUUCCCUAUUCUAUUCCUUAAAACGCAUUAAAAUUCUCAACGGUUGCUCGCGUAACUUAACGCGUCACACUACGCGUGACGCUUUCAUGAUAUAAUCCUUCGCUUUUCCUCGAAACGUGAGCUUGGAACGCCUUUGAUCAGACAAUUUUCGAUAUCUUAUAGUUCAAACAUGGCCCCAAGGCUUGGGUGAAACAAACAAGAAAAAAAAAACAAAAACAAAAAAAUAUCGAGGAUAAGGGAUGAAUAAUUUAAUUAUUUUGUUUUAUUCCCCCAAGGCUCGAGGCCACGUUGGAGUU